UAGGUUCAGUCAAAACUCCAAACUGUAAGUCUGGCUGCUUUGCAUAAAAAAGACAAGUCUUACCACCUGUAUAAGAGGUGUGAUCUUGGGAGCCUUGCCUUUGUUGAACCUCUCUCAUAUUUAUAGGAAUGAGAGAACCGUCUUCUUGAUAACAAAAAAAAAGAACAACUCAUCUCUUUGUCAAAAAUGGCUGACUUCUCAUCGAACAUGAGAUGAGUGGUCGACGCUCCCUUAGCUGUGUAGGUGACUCUCUCCUGUUGAAGCCAAAGUCUUGAAAUGAAGCUUGCUUCGUUGUCGUGUCGCGUCAUCCUAGGGAAGAGCCCAUGGACAUCUUGCGACGCCUACAUGAGUCUCUCGCAAUAUGGUCGCGUUCAUUUGGAUACCAUGGACCUCUUAUGUCCUGGUCAUAGCCCUCUCGGGACAUAGUUGUGACCCUUUUGCAUAACGACCAUGUAUCUCUCAUGAAAUGGGCAUAUCCCUCUCACGACAUGGCCAUGGAUCUCUCGAAUCACGACCAUGGACCUCUCGCGGCACGACCACGUUUGGGAGAGGCUCUAUGAGCUUUUAGAGCUUGUCUUCACCAUGGUUUUUGGUAAUACCAACUUACGGACAUCUUCGACCAAGGUAUCGAUCUAAAUAAUACAGUGAUAAUAACUCAUUGUGCCAAAUGUGAAAUAACGUGAAUGACUAAUGCACUAGCUCUAGAACAUUUCAUAUCUAUGGCUACUAAAUCUGGAAAUUAGUCUUUGAGGUGCUCCUAUGACUGUUAAAAUGCCACGUGCAUUGGAGGAUCCAUUGGCAACAAUUAGUUUGCAAAUCGAGGAGAUGAGAAAGAAAAUCCAGGAUAUGAACAUAACGAGGAAUCAUCCACGUUCGCAAGUCUAUGUUUCGAGUGUGCAAUGAUGAAAAUCACUCAUGACACAAUUGUGGGACUAUGUGCAAAUUCCCUACAACGGACGUCAACUAUAUUGGUAAUUGAUAUCCUCAAAUUCGCGAUUUAAAUCACAAUAGCUAACAAUAUAAUCGACAACCAUAUCAAACAAACACCUAUAGAAACUCUAAAAUUGUAUGAAUAAACAAUUAUAAGGGGUGGACCAAUUUACAAAUUGGAUAUUUUCCACUUCUUAGAGGUCAAAAGCAUCUGAUUAUCUCACAAUAACAACCACUAAUGCACCAUACCUUCAAGUUGCAUGUUAGGACGGUAAAGUUGCAUCUAAUCCAAAUUGGGUGAAGAAACCAAUUCAGCACAUGCCUGAAUAUGAUGGACGACCUCCAUACAUAGGGCAAAAUUCAAGCCGUCCUAACCCACAUUCAUAAAUCACAAGCGACCAAUUAAGAGCACUCAUUCAGGGUCAGGAGGCUAUGAUGAAUACUUUAGAGCGCCAAAUAGCUAUCCUUACUGCACUCAUAACACUACCAGAAACAACAACUUUUGCGAUGGAGGCAUUCGUCGCUAAGAGCCCAAAAAUUCGUCACCAAAAGUUUUUGCGAUGAAAAUAGACGUCACCAAAGCCAGUUUCUAAGCGUCACAUAUACCUCGUCGCCAAAAAAAUUGGCGACCUAAAAUGGAUAUUGGUCUCUAAAAGGAUCGUUCAUUGGAAUCCAGAGACCUAAAAAUAUUCAGCGACAAAGCAUGUUCAUUGGAAUCCAGAGACAUUUGCGACAAAGGUUUUUCAUUGCAAAAAAUUUCCGCGAUAUUAUUGUCGUCGCAAGAGGUUUCUGGAUAACGCGUUUCCUCGCUGAUAGAUUCAGGGAUGAUAUUAAUUCGUCGCUAAAGUUGUUAUUUUCAUUAAUUUUAUGCUUUGAUUUCCAGUUACUUUUUAUUCAUAGAGUCCUAUUUAGCAAAUAUGUUAUUUCAAAAGAGAACUCAACCGAAGCUUUGUUAUAACCAACUACCUUUGAUAUAUUCGAUCAAGUAGCUCUAGAUCUUCAAACAUUCAAAAUACAUGAAUCCAUUGGUUCCACAAUGGUCUGCAACAACGAAACUUUGGUCAGUUGUCUUUGGUGUUUUUUCGUUCUCCUCUUCCUCUGGCAAGGAAUAAGUAUUUUCCUAUACCUACUUCUUGAGGCUCUACUUUGGAGAGGUAGUGGCCAUCUCAAUCUUCUACUCCAAUCACCACGUGCCAUGGGAUCAUCAUCCUUCUCGUCACGACUUCACACCACUACCUGGAUGAACGAGACAAUAAGAACCGGUGGUAUGACAUGAGCGUCGAUGGUGGAAGGUGAUUUUGUUGCGGGCAUCUUUCCUGGAUUCUAGUGUCGAGCAAACACGGUGGUUACCAUCUUCCUGGACUCCUUAUUGCAUCAACCAGGCUCUGAUAUCACUUGUUACGUGGAUUUCUUCGGUGGAAACCCUUUUGAAACUUAUAUCGUAAGUUUUGUACGAUAAUUGAAAGAAAUAGAGAAAAACAAAGAGAAUUGGGAUGAAAGGAAGCUAACAACUAAUACAAUAAAAUGUUCUUAUUCAUAGAUUCAAUCGAAUUAACGACAUAAAUACAUAUUUGUAGGGCUAAAACCCUAAACUAAUCCUAAUCCUACUCGGUUAUAGCUACUUGCCACCUACCCCAAGAUCACACAAUCCUAAUUAUGCAUAGCAUCUAACCCCACGUGUACUGACCCAAAUAUAGUUCUACAAUGACAAGGAUAAUAAUAGUAGGGAAGGAAGAAUACACGUAACAGUUAAUCUCUGGGCUAAUUCCAUUGGGAAACCCGAACUAUUAAGAAAGUGUCACUUGUGUUCCGAAUUAUUCAAUAUGAUAUUUAUGUCCUGAAAUAUUUUUCUUUUAGUGUUGACCGAGUUUGAAAUAGGAGACUACUCCAUAGCUAGAAGAGAAACUAAAACUAGAAUAGAGAUGGAAACCAUGGUGCUUGCUGCUCUUCCUAGAUGCUUGAUUUACUCCUUGGAGAAGAAAUCUACCUCCCUCUAGGCUUGGGUAGGUGAAAUUCUCCUUCUUUCCUUCUUAGCUCAACGGUCUCUCUCUCUAAUCCCUGAAGAAGAAUCCUUCAAUCUCUUUCUAGAAAUCCCUCUUUAAAUUCAGCUCACUCUCCUUAAUAUAGCACCCGAGGGCAUAAAUCUCAGUCUCAUAUCACGCUCGUGAAGUCGACAGUAAAACCGUGAUUUCGGUGCAAAACACACGGUUUCACUAACGAACUUCAUGGGUGCUUGUUGACAUCACGAUUUGGAGACCGUGAUCUUAACACUUCAUGUGAGACACUUGAAGGCUCUUGGAAGUAUGCAAACUUCAAGAUUUGCUGGUCCACUUCACGGUGUGCGCCCGUGAUAAUUACUUGCAACCGUGAUCUCUGCACUUUCGGCCAUUUUGCUCAAUUUUCUCCCUCUUUCGAUCUUGGACCCAAUAUUAAUGGCUAACCUAUGAAAAAUGACAAAACACGAAAAAAAAACCUUGUGUAAACUAUCGCCAAGGAUAGUGCAAACAAAUUAAAUAUUACAACUCAAGGGGUACAAUCCAAAGAAGGAGGAAGUUAAGGUCAUCUAGACUAGGAUGGGAGCAACCAAAAGUUUCCCGAGCAUGAAUAAGGAAGAAGAGAAGAAGAAAACUGACAAUCCUUCCCUCUUCGGAAAUUUGAUAGAAGCUUCUGGAAGAGCAGAAGUGGAAGUGCCAAUAUUGGAGAAGAUACUUUCAAUGGAUCAUCUCAAAGGAAAGAUGGAGAUUUUCAUGGAAGAAAUGAUAGGGUCGAAGAUAGGAAGACCAUGAUCAAUAAAAACUUUUGUGGUUUUGCAGAAUUCGUCUUAGUCAAUGAAGCAAAGAAAGAAAAAGGUCUAGUUGACCUUUGCUCGAGUGUCAAUAUAAUACCAUUCCAUAAAUAUGAAGAAAUGGGACUAACCUGCAUGGAGUACUCCAACAUAGAGAUCAUGCUAGCCAACAACACAUCAUGCAAAGCUCUUGGGACUUUUAGGCCUAAGCACCCAAGUGGGUGCGUUCAUUUUCUUCUCCAAUACCUCGUCAUUGACAUGGAGAUAAGCAAAGAGUAUUCAACCCUCUUAGGAAGGCCAAUCCUAGCCACUGCUGGAGCAAGAAUAGAUGUUGUUAACGAAGAAGUAACCCCGCAUGUAAGGAAACUCUUGCAUAAAGUGGAAAAACCACUCAAAAGGAGUGACGAGAACAAGGAGUAUCAAUACGAGAAUCUAUACAAUUAGACCAAAUCUCAAUUUGGCUCUCAUCUUGAGGAUUUAGCAAACAUAAUCGUUCAUCACCAUGAUAUAGACGCAUGGUAUAGAGGAGAAUUGAACAAGGUUCUGCCAAUUCGCGGUCCUACAGAAGCUCAAAUGGAAUUGAGGAUAGCUAGUACAAGCAAAAAGAUGAUGCUUGAAAGGAUUGAGGAACUGGAAUAUGAGGCAACAAAGGAUUAUCAUGAGUUCAUCAAUCAACGUCAACCCAAUGGGUUUAACUACAAUCAUAAGACGUGAAAAAUAGUAUGAAACAAACUUUCGUACUAUCGAGGUAACUGUUUUAACGCGAAAAUGUUGGUGUCCGAAGUAGAACGCGAGAGGAAGCGACGACAGUCCCACCAAUGCAGCAUCGCCGCUCCCCCUUCCUCUGUAAAUGGAAAAUUUUCAGCCAUUCUACCCCAUUCACCUUUAUUUUUUCACUGUCCCUUCUCUCUAAAUUUCAAAUUUUCCCCAAAACCUAAACUUUCAAUCACUAAUUAUACCCCCAAAACUCAGAUUUUUCACCUCAAAUUCGGGAUACAUCCUAUCCAUCACCUACUAAGCAAAGCCCAGUAAAAAAAUUCAAAAAGCUCGUCGGAAGGACCACAUCGGCCAUACCCGCCUUUGUAUCGCUGCUCCUAUUCAUCUUUUUCUUCUCCUUUUCUUCAAGUUUCUUCAAUCCAAGUAAGUACCUAUGAUCUUUAGAUGAAUUUAUGAGCUUGAACCCUUUAGAGUUUCGAUUGAGGAGUUCAAAGAUUAAAAUUGUAUGAGAUUGGUUGGAGAAUCCUUUGCAAUUUUUGGCAUCCACUAGGAACAAUCAAUGUUUAUGAAUGAAUGGUGAUUGCUUAUAUGCUUAGAAAUAAAAUUGAAUGGAUGGAAUGAUUCCUUUGGUUGUGCAAAUUAUCGACCUUUACCUAUUCGUAUAACUUGGAGCUUUCAAAGAUUUCAAAGAUUUUUCAGAUAUGUGCUUCAUGUUACUUCUACAUUCUGAUAUAUAAUACUUCCUAUCUCUUUAUGAGCUUACACGAUAAUAAAAUAUAUAGACACUUUCUUUUUAAUACACAACUUAGAAGUUAUAGGGUAAAUACAAUUUAAUAUCCAAACCUUUCAUUUUAAACAAUAUAAUAGCCAAACCUUUUUGAAAACAAUCUAAUAUCUAAAUCGUCAACUUUCCGUUCGUUUGACCGUUAGUUGACACUUCAAAAAAGUUCGAAGUACGACGCUUCAUCAAUAUCCAUCGAUAUAUUCUCUGAAAAGCCACCAACAUAUCGUGGUUCCAAACCCGAGAAGUCCAUGACUCCACUAUGAUGGUAUAGAAUAUCUAAAUAUUCAGUCAUCUGCAAUGCCAAAACAAGAGGAGAAAAAAGUUGUAUUGUGACAAUUCCCCUAAACAAAGCUUUUUUGAAGUGUCAACCAACGGUCAAACGGACGAAAAGUUGAAAAUUUGGAUAUUAGAUUGUUUUCGAAAAGGUUUGGCUAUUAUAUUGUUUAAAAUGAAAGGUUUGGAUAUUAAAUUGUAUUUACCCGAAGUUAUAUGAUUAGCUUUUCAAAGAAGUCAUGCUCUUACAGUGUGGGGUUAUCCUCUAUGUUAUAUACUAAUUUAACUUCUUUUGCACAGGAAAAUGUCAAGUUGCUUCUCAUGGUUAGGAAGGCAUAAGAAGAACAAAGGAGAUGAUGGUGCUUCUUCAUCAAGAAGGCUUGAGGCAUUCUAGGCCACCUAGAGUAGCACUAGAGCCUGUAGCGCCACGAUUCUAUAUAAGACGCAAUAGGAGGGAGCCAAAAAUCUUGAUUGAAGAGGAGGGUUCAUUGAGGGAGUCGAUUUCACACUUCCUCUUUGUUGGUAGAUCCUCGAGUCACACUAGCGGAACGACUAUCUAUGGAUAGCGGGAGAUCAAGGAGUAGGAAUGGACAUGCAUGAACAAGGUUGAUUAGUUUCUUUACGUUGUUCUGGGUCAUCGCCCGAGGGAGUGGAUUUUGUUUCCCUAAUCAUCUAAUUCGGUAGUGUGGUACGUCCAUCCGACUAGAGCAAUUAGGCGGGUUAGGAUGCAAUCGAAUAGAAGGGAUCCUAACUAGCUUUGAUCUCCUAACGGUAUAUGUGUCAUACAAAUCACGCUAGAGUAUCAUGUUAGCAUCUCAACAUGGGAUUAGGGGACAAUAAUCCGAGUGAAGCCUUCUCACAGUUGCAUUUAACCUCGUUUUACUAGUUUGUUUAUUCAGUUUGAUAGUUUUAAAUAACCUUCAUAUUGCUAGAUAACUUAUGGUUUACUGAAGUACGAGGUAGACAAACUGCGUGGGUUUGAUAAUUGAAAAUAGAGUUACUUGACACUACACCCGUCGUGGAAUUAUACUUGACCUAUGAUGGGGAAUGUGUAAUCGGUCGCGAGUCAGCGUUCAAUUGUAAUUUGUAAGAGUCCGGGAUGAAUGUGGAAUAGAAUCAGAGAACGAUUAUGAUUAUGUGAUGUUAUAAUUGUAUGAUGGUAUUGAUGCAUCAAUGUGUUCAUGAUGCGACUAACAGUAAAGCUUUACAUGAUCACUUAAGUCAAUACCUAAAGGGUCCUUGUUGCACACAAAAUACAAGUGAAAAGAGGUUGUAUGUCGUAUGUAAUGAUUAAUAUAAUGGAAGUGACAUCCUUUUAAGGGGUACCCCUAGGCCUUGUUCAAUGUUCUGAUGAUGAUGCUUAUGAAUCCACUGUCUUGGUGAUGCUUAUGCUUAUAGUCGAAUACUAUUCUCCAAUUUAUGUAUUUGUUAGGUUGGAACUUACUCAUUGAGUAACAAUGCACCCCGCCAUUUUUUCCUCUUUAGUUUUUUUGUUUGUUAAAUCUAGGUUAAGAAAUGUUUUCAAAGGUUUAAUGAGUUUCUAAUAAUUUGAUUUGUGAGAAAUUGUGUUUCAUUUAAUCAAUUUGCAUGUUUCAACCUAGAUCCAAUAUAUUAAGACCAUGGAUAUCAAUGAAGAAUCAAAGUUUAUGUAGGGUGUUACAACAAGUUUAACACUUAAUACAAUCUUAACUAGUUCUGUUGAACAAAUCCUAUCUAACCAAAGAGAGAAAACAUUAAGGAAAAUUUCAUACCACGGAAAUGAUGUACAAUGAAUAACAAUGUACAAU